AUGUAUACUAUUAAGCAACAAAAUACAUCGUCUACCUCUCAAUUGCCACUUAUAGAGCAACAACCUACAUCGUCUGCCUCUCAAUCGCCACUAGAGCAACAAAAUACAUCGUCUACCUCUCAAUUGCCACUUAUAGAGCAACAACCUACAUCGUCUGCCUCUCAAUCGCCACUAGAGCAACAAACUACAUCGUUUAUCUAUCAAUUGUCCCUAAAGCAACAACCUACAUCGUCUACCUUUCAAUUGGCGCAACCCAUGGCGCCUGUCUCACAAAAAGCAAAACUCAACAACAAGUCAUCAUUUCUAGAAGAAUUACUGUCGAUUUUUGAAAAUGCACUGCGAUCGUCUACCCCAGAGCAGGAAGCACCAUCAUCAGUUUCAAGACAAUUCAUAUUGCCUGCGUCAGAAGAGCCACAACCUACAUCGCUUGUCUCGCAAUUGCUGCAAUCCGUGUUGUUUGACUCACAAUCUCCACACAAAUUACAACCGUCGAUGCUCAAAGUUUCACCGCCAUCACAUAUUUCACAGAGAGUAUCAUCAUCAGUUUCAAGACAAUUGCCAGUGACCAUGCCGUUGUUCACACCUACAGUGGAGGUCGUCGCGGCGGGCGCAGGCGGCGCAAACGAUGCAAAUACAAGGAGUUACGUCGAUUCUCACACCUAUGAGGACUCGAAUGAGGCGGUAGGCAAAUUCGCCAGAGAGAUAGAUGUCAAAGAUAUCACGAUAGGAGCUAUCAUAGGUACUGGACAGUUUAACGAUAUCUACCAAGGGAAGCUGAAAUUGCCAUCUAACGGACAAACGGAAAUAGAUGUGACCAUAAGGGCCCUAAAGCUGAACUCCGAAGACAAAGACCGCAUUGACUUUCUGAGAGAGGCAUCGAUAAUAGGCCAGGUUAGGUUCGAGCAUCCGAACUUGAUAUUACUACAAGGCAUAGUGACGAAAAAAAGCAAUCGGUUGAUGAUCAUCAUGGAAUUCAUGGAGAACGGUAGGUUGGACGUUUUCCUACGCGCGAACAACAGCAAAUUCCAAGUGCUCCAGCUGGUAGGCAUGUUGAGCGACAUCGCCAGCGGUAUGAAGUACCUCGCGGAGAUGAACUACGUGCACUGCGAUCUCGCCGCGAGGAACGUGUUAGUUAAUGCCGCUCUUGUUUGCAAGAUCGCCAACUUUGAUCUCAUAAUCAGUAGAGAUAUCGAGAGUACCCCGGAGGCAGCUUUCACGAGAACGGCCGAUAAAGUCCCGGUACGAUGGAUGGCACCGGAGGUGAUAGGCUCUUGUAAAUUCACGAACGCUUCCAACGUUUGGACCAUGGGUAUCGUGUGCUGGGAAGUGAUGUCGUACGGCGAGAGGCCGUACCAGAAUUUGUCGGAUCAUGAAGUGAUAAAUUUGAUGACGAAAAACUACAGGCUUCCAGCGCCGAUAAACUGUCCGGAAGCGAUCUAUCACCUGAUGCUUGAUUGCUGGCAGAAAGAGUGCAUCAGAAGGCCGACCUUUGCCAAACUCACACAAACCUUGGACAAGCUCAUACAAAGUCCGGACAUGCUGAAAAUUCCGCCCAGAGCACAAGUAUGAAACCUAUAAAUACCAUAAUUUCCCCAGCUGCCGUCAACUGCAAUAUCGUCUUAAGUGUCAUAACGUCUAUGAUUACUACAAAAAAAUUUGGUUAAAACUUUACGUCGUU